CUGGGAUUACAGGUGUGAGCCAGCACGCCCGGCCUGGACAUCCUUUUUGUUCAUCAGCAGAAAUAAGGGUGCUGUGGGUGCAGCUCAUCUCCUCGGCUAACCCUAGCAGCGGCUGUCCAUCUCGCACUCUCCCCACCACACUUCCCUCUGUGCUGCCAGCAGCAGAAGGAGCACCUGCGAUGCAGAUAACUCCUUUGUUUGCCAACUUCAGUAGUUUCCCAUCAGCUACAAGAUCAAGAUCAAGUUCCUGUCACCUGGCCCUGCCCACUCUACCUCUACACCACCCUAUAGCAGCAUCCAGUUCCUUGCUGUUCCCCAAACUUGUCAGGGCUGUUUGGAGCCUUCAGCCUGUACAAGAGCUGUGCCCAUCUCCUGGAAUACAACCUUUGACCACUUCAAAUAAUGACCAUUUUUCUAGUUAACAUUUACUGAGCACUCAACUCUGCUGCCUGUGUGCCAACCCUUCACACGCACCACCUCACUAAUUCUCACAGCCCUGGAAGGUGGGGACCAGUGUCACACAUGACCUUGGGAAUAUCACACAGAUCAAGGGCUGGGCUCAAGGUCACACACAUUCAUGUGAUGUGAGAAUGUAACUCUUGGCCUCCCUGUGACACUUUCUUCUCUGGGUUUUCAUUCCACCUUGCAGAGAGCACUCUGACUUACUGUAGCCUUCCAUGUGUGCAUCUCCCCUCUCUACUGUGAGCCCCUCAAGAGCAGGACCCAGGCCUUUCCCAUCCCUGUCCCAAAAGCUAACCAGGAACAGAAACAUGUAGCAUAUUGUUGACUGAAGAAAGUGCUGCAUCCAUGGUCAUCCCUCAUAUCCUUUAUAAAUUUCUUAUAUAUUUCAUUUCUUUGUGGGAAUUGCAUCUUGAAGCUUUGUUUAUAGCCAUCUGUGUGGGUCCCUUAGGCUAUGUGGCUGACUUUAAUGCCACAGAUAUUUUUCCAUUUCUGGCAUGUAGCAGUGCUGGGCUUAGUAUUUUAGAGAUUAUUAAAGAGAAGACACGGCCUGUGCCCUCCAAUUGCAGAGAUGAGACCAUAUGGGACAUAGCCAUUAAAGACAAUACAUUUCAGUAUUUGCAUGGAGAGUUUGAUUAUAUAGCAGAUGCACAUUCUUUGGACUGAUAUACAAGGCCCUGCAAAAUCUGAUUCUAGGCCACUUUCCCAGUUUCAUCUACUCCUCUCCCAUGGACCCCCCACACCGCAGCCAUACCGAGGUGCGUGCAGUCCUUGUAGCCCACCGUGCUUCCAGUGUCACCAUCUCUUUGUAGGUGCUGUUCCUUUUGCCUAGAAUACCUGUCUUCUUCCUAUCUACCUGGCAGCUUCUUACUCGUCUUUUAGAACACCAUCUAGUGCCAGUUCUUUCCCUUUUUUUUUUUUUUUUGCAUGGCCUUUCCACAUUUUUCUAUAGUGUGACCCUUAUCACAUAAGUCGAUUUUGUAAGUUUGCUCUGCCUGUUAGCUGUUAAGCUACUUGAGGUCAAAACCUGUGUCUCAGUGAUGGAAAAAUGAAUGACAAAAUAGAAAUUGGAUAAAUGGAAAGGAAAGAGUGAUGAUCUAACAUGGCUGGGGGUCAGUCGGGAAUCACUUUCAAUGGCCAGAAUAGAGAGCUGUAUAAAGUGACUUAGAGGCAUUAGUGGCUCAUUCGCAUGUGGAAUAAGCUUGGAAGUGGAUGGUUAAGUGUUGGUGUGGGUGCCACAAUAUCAUCAGGAGCCCAGGCUCUGCCACACAGCUUGACUGCCUUUAAUGCGAGGCUUCCCUCUUAGGGUAACCUCAUGGCUCAAAACAGUUGCUGGAGCUGCAGCCAUCUUAUCCAUUCCAGGCAAGAAGGACUAGAGAGGUCAGUGGAUAAAGAAAAAGCAUACUUUCCCUGAAGGCAGCCUCCUUCAAACAGAUUUCUCAGGGUCCUUUACCCAGGAGCUUCAUCUUCAUCUCAGGCCAGGAUGUAGUCACAUGAUCACCUCUGGCUGAGUUCUGAAGAGAGAUGUAAACAUACAGUAAUAAACAUAGGUUAUCUCCACAUUUAAUUUAAAAUGGCAUUGCUUUUCAAAACAGAUUUUAGAUCUAAAUAUACAUUUCUCAAAAAAAAAAAGCCAUAAAAUGGCCAAUAAGAGUAUGAAAGGAUGCUCAAUAUCAUUAAUCAUUAGGGAAAUACAAAUCAGAACCACAAUAAGACAUAAUUUUUCAUCUACUAGGAUAGCACUAGAGUCAAAAAGACAUAAUAACAAAGUGCUGGCAAAGAGAGAAAUUGUAACUCUCAUAACGCCACUGGUGGGACUGUGAAAUGAUACAGCACUCUGGCAGGCCCUCACAAAGUUCAACACUGAGUUACCAUAUGACCCUGCAAUCCCACUUCAGGUAUAUACACACAAGAGAAUAAAAACAUACCCCCACACAGAAGCUCGUGUAUGCAUAUUCACAGCAGCACUAUUCAUAAUAGCCAAAAAAUAAGAAUAACCAAAAAGUCCUCCAUUAACAAAUGAGUAGAUCAAGAAGUUGUGGUAUAUCCAUACAGUGGAAUAUUAUUCUGCUAUAAAAAGGAAUGAAGUAUUGAUACAUGCUAUAACAUGGAUGAAUUUCAAAAACAUUAUAGCAAGUGAAAGAAGCCAGUCACAAAAAACAUAGGUGAUGAUCUUAUUUUUAUUUAAUGUCCAGAACAGGCAAAUCCAUAGAGACAGAAACUAGAUGAAUGGUUGCCUGAGGGUGAGGGGAAACAAGGAGUGACUGAUGCUGGGUUUUGUGUGGAGGCAAUAAAAUGUUCUAAAAUUAGAUACUAAUGGUUGCAUAACUCUGAAUAUACUAAAAACCAUUGUAUACACAUUAAAAAGGGUGGAUUGUAUGUGAAUUAUAUCUCAGUAAAGCUGUUCAAGAAUUCAGCUUUUAUCUGUAAAGCAUAGCUUCAAAAUUAACCUCAAAAAGUGAACUGGGGGCAGGGGAGACAAGUUUCCCAAACCAGUUAAUAUUUCAAGACUUGUAUUAGUUAUCUCCUUCUUCUCAUUUGAGUCCUGACUUUAAAAGAAAAAAAUCUGCCCGUCACAGUCAGGGUCAGAUCCCUCUGGCUGAUCGCCCAGAUGACUGGGAUCUGAGUGGUUUCUUUGUCCUACGGACUUAUCAUUUCAAAAACAAAGCUCUUUUUUCCAGUCUGCAAAGCUGAGGAAGAGAGAUGCUAGGGGGUCAACAAAUAGUUAUAGGAAGUCACUUUAUCUGCAGACCAGCAGGUUGCUAGAAGGGUUUGCUCUAUGGGGCUCAUGUUCCUUGGAGAUUUUGUUACUGAUAGAUGGGCAGAGGCAGGUCAGGGGCCAUGGUGUUUGGAAAGUAGCGUAGUGUUUGGAAAGGCCUCAGUGCCAGAAGUCUGCAUAUGGGUGACUCCCAACCAAGAGCUCUGAUUCCUCAGCAGAACAAGAAACAUGAUAGCCUUCUCACCACUGGGUGGGCAUACGAGCUCAUGGCCAUGAGCCUGCCCCAUAAACACUGAAUGUGGGCACCAAGCAGGCUGUCCUAGAAUGGCAAACUUGGGGUGGCUCCAGUGGGGACAGAGUUUGAAAAGGGAAAGGGAGCAUUGUCUAGUGGAAAAGAAGACGUAGGUUUUGGCUGGAGUGGUUGUCAGGAUAAAAGGUGGUUGAAGAGAUAGUUGGACGGCUGCAGUCACUGACAAGUGUGGUCAGAAGCCUUGAGCCAGCAGCUCUCCUUGGUGAGUGGGCUGGUUAGAGCUGUUGGAGUUGGACAACAGGAACAGCCUGUUGCAUCAAGAUGCUGACGAUGGCCAUCAGCAGAGAGGACAGACCCCCCCCCCACCCCUCCUGCUCUAAGUCUCCCUCAGGUUGACCUUUGCUAUGUGCUCUGGAUUUUUGAGUCUUUCACGAAGGCUCACGCUCUCACAAAGUCCCUCGGGAAUUACAAGAAACAAAUCGUUUUUGUGUAGCAUAAGAUGUGACUAGUUUUAAUUUGAUAUAUUGUUAAAGACUACUAUCAGUUCCUUUUGAUCAGAAAAAUGAAACUUUUGGGAUCUGGUUACAAAUCCUGACAGUGCAUUUACAGGUUUUUCUAGCCAUUUUUGUGCUCAUUAAAUUGUUAUUUAUGCUUCGUCUCUUCAACCAGUGGUCUAUUUUUGGUUAAGUUAAGAAGGUAAAAAUAAAGCACAAUGUAGAAAUAUGUCAGGGUGAAAAUUACUGUAGUAUUAAAGUAGAAAAAUAUUUAUUGUAGUCCAUUGAUUUUUCAGGCACGUAUUUUCCACACUUUAACAUCUCUGAAAUUGUGAUAUGUCUUACAGUCAAUGGCAGCUUACAUUCAUUUUUCUCUUAUAAGAUGGUGCAUCUUUUGAUCAAUAAUGUCUUGGAUUUGAUGAAAUCUGGCAAGUUAUAUUAGUUAUUGAGCUUUGAAAAUGCAUUGCCUCAUUCUUUCCUGUCUGCCCUCAGAUGUACGUGUUGGAUAAUUCCAUGCCCAUCCUGGCAUUGCAACCAGGAGUUUCUGCAUUCCUUGCCUCCAGAGAGAACCAGUGAAACAUCUUUUUGUUCUUGCAGGUUCUUAUCAAUUGACCACAAGUAGAUCUUCCACCCUCAGAUCUCUAACUACAAAAGGUGCAAUGGGACCUUUCCCUCUUCCCCAGCCCUUCCAAUACCGCAGCCCCCCCAGGGUCCUAUACCCAGUUUGUGUGACUGUCCUUGAAGCUUUCCUGGAACCAUACUUAUCACCAGACCCUUCCCAAAGUGACUCACUAACACUGAUUUCUCUGAUGCUGUCUCUGGGUACGUAAGGGAGGAGGGACAUCCCCUUGCCCUACUGUGGGGAAAGUGACUAACUCUUUUCUUGUCCUUUCCAGAUAGGAACCACUGGCUCAAUGACCUGUAAGGGCCAUUUCAGCACAUCCAUUCUGUUUAUCUCCAAGCCUUCACCAUAGGGAAGAACUUUUGCUCUCGGUCACCUCUCAGAGAGCUCUCUUUAUAGCUGAAGAUCUCCCUCAUGAGUUACGUCAAGAGUAACCGAGAACUAUACCAACAAUACACAGCCAUGGCCCCCAAGCUACUGGCCCACAUCUCCAAACUCCUCACGAUCUGCCAUAAUGCAGGCAUUUCUAUACCGAAGGGCAUCAGAAACAUCUUUGAGUUUACUUGGGAAGAGCUCAUCAGCGACCCUUCAGUGCCUACCCCCUCUGACAUCUUGGGCUUGGAGGUCAGCUUUGGAGCCCCCACGGUGGUGCUCAUGGAACCCACCGUUGUGCAGGUCCCCACACUGAAGAAGCCAUUACCUCCCCCACCAGCAGCAGCACCAUGUCCAGUGCUGCCAGCAACCACUAGGGCAACCAAGCGCUCCACCCGGUCUGCCACCAUGGCCCAUCAGGUGCCCACCCACCAGGAGAUCCUAAACAGGUUUCAGCAGCAGUCCAUCCACCUGCUGACAGAGCUUCUCAGCCUGAAGAUGAAGGCCAUGGUGGAGUCUAUGUCGGUGGGUGCCAACCCCUUGGACGUCACCAGGCGCUUUGUGGAGGCCAGCCAGCUCCUCCACCUCAACACCAAGGAGAUGGCCUUCAACUGCCUGAUGGGCACAGCCGGGAGAAGUGGCUACAGCAGUGGACAGCUGGGGAAAGAAUUUCUCACAAACAUGUCUGCCAUUGGGGUGAACUCACCUUACCAGCUGAUCUACCAGUCUUCCACAGCCUGCCUGAGCUUUUCUCUCUCUACUGGAAAAGAAGUCAAGAAAAAAAUAGGCAAGUCUAGAACUGCAGAAGAUAUCAGCAUGCUGCCCCUGCAUCAAGGAGUGGGAACCUCUGCCAACAACUUGGAGUUCAGCGACCCCUGCCCUGAGGCCCGGAAGAAGCUGCAGGAGCUGUGUCGCCAUAUAGAAGCCGAAAAGGCCACGUGGAAAGGGAAGAAUAUCUCCAACCCCAUGAUCUUACGAAACUACAAGGCAAAGAUGCCCUCUCAUCUAACAUCGCCCCGCAAAGGAGACUCUCAGACCCAGAGUUUACAUUACCCUCCCACUGCGAGUGCUCAGACUCUCACCCCAACCCCUCAACCAUCUUCUGCCCACCAUCUUCUCUUUAGUCAGCAAUCUCAAGAGGGGAAGGUACCCAAGAAGGCCUUUAAAUUGCAUUACACCUUCUAUGAUGGCUCCUCCUUUGUUUACUAUCCCUCUGGAAAUGUCGCUAUAUGUCAGAUCCCCACAUGCUGCAGAGGGAGAACCAUCACCUACCUCUUUAAUGACAUACCUGGCUCCUCCUUGCUGGCCCUAUUCAAUGCUGAAGGUCAGGUCUAUGUUCACUACAACCUAAAAACCAGUUGCCCAUAUGUCUUAGUCUUGGAUGAGGAAGGUGGGACCACCAAUGACCAGCAGGGCUAUGUAGUCCACAAAUGGAACUGGACUUCCAGGACGGAGACCCUGCUUUCCCUGGAAUACAAGGUGAAUGAGCAAAUGAAGCUAAAGGUGCUGGGACAGGACUCCAUCACGGUCACCUUUACCUCCCUGAAUGACACAGUAACACUCACUGUGUCAGCCAACAACUGUCCCCAUGGAAUGGCAUAUGACAAACGGCUGAACCACAAAAUUAGCAACAUGGACGACAAGGUGUAUAAGAUGAGCCGAGCCCUGGCUGAGAUCAAGAAGCGGUUUCAGAAGACAGCGGCUCAGUUCAUUAAUUCUAUCUUGCUGGCCGCAGGUCUGUUCACCAUUGAACAUCCCACCAAAACAGAGGAGACAGAAUUUGUUCGGUUCAACAUGAGAUCUGGAACUCAUCCCGAGCGGGUCCCCAACCUAGGUUUAUACUCAGGAGAAAGUCUUUUACGAUCUCAGUCACCCCAACCGGAAUCCUUAAUUGCAGAGACUUUGAAGGAUGAGCCUGGGUCGUCUCCUGUGAGCCCAGUUCGGAAGAAGAUCACCAGAAUCCACAUGAAAGCCAGGGUCAAAUCCAGAAGGAAGGCCCGCGAGGGACGUAGCCCCACCAGGUGGGCGGCCUCGCCCUUGGACUGCCCGCUGGUGCUGCGGAAGCUGUUGCACAAGGAAGAUGCCCGUGGCUUCUGCAAGUGCCUGGUGAAGGCGCCCCGGGUCUCCGACGUGGAGCUGGAGCGCUUCCUGUUGGUGCCUCGAGACCCCAGCCAAGUGCUGGUGUUUGGGAUCAUCUCGAGCCAGAACUACACCAGCACUGCGCAGCUCCAGUGGCUGCUAGACACACUCUACAGUCAUGAGCAGCGGGGCCGUGCCUCCCCCUGCAUCCAGUGCCGGCAUGACCCCUACCGCCUGUUGCAGUAUGACCUGGACAGCCCCUUGCAGGAGGACCCUCCCCUGAUGAUGAAGAAGUACUCUGUGGUGCCAGGGAUGAUUCUGAUGUUUGCCGGGGGGAAGCUCCUUUUUGGGGGCUGUGUUUUGAAUGGAUAUGGCCUCAGCAAGCAGAAUCUGCUGAAACAGAUCUUCCAGUCUCGACAGGAUGGCAAGAUGGGUUACUUCCUGCCAGAGAACUACAAAUUCAAUGUUCAGAACUCUGUCCUGAGCCUGGAGGAUUCUGAAUCAGCCAGGAAAGCCGAGUCAGAAGAUAACCAAGGAAGCUCCUCCUCGUUGGCCCUGGGAGACUAUGUGGAGAAGGAGAUACCUCUGGAGGCUGAGAAGAAAGCAAGAGAGCCUGAAGUGGAGCUACAGCCUCACAACAAACUCAGGAGGGACAGCAAGACAACCAGCUGGAAGAAGCAGGCCUCCAAGAAGUAA